AUGCAUCUGUGCGUUUACGAUGUCCUUGUAGCUCAUUUGCGAAGGUCCUCGCUUUUGCACUGUAGAAAUUUAUCUUUUCCUCUUUCUAUGUUGGUUUCUACGCGUAAAGAUAACAUAAUGCCAUUGGUCAGUGGAACGAAAUGUAAACAAAACAAAAUGUACGACAUGGACGCUUUCUGGGAAUUCCAAACUUUCCCAAAAGAAACACAUCAAAGCUUUGGGGGGAAAUGUGAUAUCGCUGUUGAUUUUUUUUCCAAAACGAGAAUAAAUUUCGUAGUUUAUAUUUCGGUUGCUAAGAAAUGCCUGACUAUGACAAGCAAUAUUGUGUAGUUGUGUGUAUCCCCUUGCCUGUUACCUUUUGUCAUAGUCACCAUCAUUUAUCCCAUCGUAUAAGAAGUAAAAUCAUUUCUCAAUGAAUACAAAAGUAGAAAUGUUCACAAAUUUGUAUCAGUGCUUACAUCACUUUAGAUAUUUUGUGCAUCAAAUUAUCUACUUAUUGUUCCUAUGAGAAUGAACUACAGCAGGAACGGAAGAACUUUAAAGUACAUGCAUCCUGAAAAAAAAACUCGUCACAAAACAAACGAUAUCAUACGAUGAAAUUCUUGCAUGUAAAUUUGGUCACUAAAACUAUCCAUCUAAUAACCAAACCUUCUCCAGACUUAAAAGGGAAAAGGAAUUAAUACCACAGGAGCUGAAACUGUAAAAAAAAUAAUAAAAUAAUGAUAAAAAAAAAAAAAAAUGAUAAUGUCAAUGUUCUUCGGAUGAGAAAACGGAGGACUAGUCUGUAUCUAAACACGCCUGGCAACUGCGAGUGCACGAACCCAGCCUGAUCAACCAAGCAAACGGCAGUGCAGAGGCAACCCUGCAGCCUUCGAAUCGGCUUCUUCUUCACUUUCUGAGACAAUGGAGACCAACGAUGCACCAGCUGAAUUUCGUCCGAGCGAGAUCACGCAGGAGAGCGUCGAGGCGGCGCUCAAGAACGACAAGGGAAGCGACGCUCGCCUCGUCUCCUUCACGGUGCAGGAAUUCACCAAGAAAGGAGACAACUAUGCAACGCUUGUGGCCAGAGUUAUUGUGAAUUACACGCUUUGUGAAACAGACCAUAAGGCUUCCUAUGUGGUGAAGUACAACCCUAGAUCUUUUAAAGCAUUUGAAAAGUUCGCUAGGGUUAUAUUUAGAAAGGAAACACUUUUUUACCAAUAUCUGGUGCAUGAAAUCCAGUCACAGUUAGAAGAAGCUGGCCAAACUCCUCUAAGAGUUCCUCGGUGUUUCCACACGUCCUUAAAAGAAAAUCAAGAAGUUGUCUUCCUGGAGGACCUUCGCCCCAGAGGAUUCAAGAUGUUCGACCGCAAGAAAGGCAUGGACGUCGCCCACACCAAGCUCGUCCUCGAGGAACUGGCCAGACUCCACGCAGCCUCAUACCUUCUCAAGGCCAAGAUCCCAGACCUUGCCGAGAAGUACCCAGUCCUGAAUCUGGAUUGGCUGAACUAUGCUGAUGACGCAAGGGAUGUAAUGCAUAGGACAUUUUCUAAGCAGAUGGACAGAGUUAAAGAUAUGCUGAAUAAAGUGGGAGGGUACGAAGUGGCGGAGAACUGGCUCGGCAGAAACAAGGGUAGAGUGUUAGAGAUACUGGGCACCGUUUCCAAAAGAGUCCCGCCUUUUGACGUGCUGUGCCACGGUGACUGCUGGAACAAUAACAUGCUCUUCAGAUAUAAUGAAGAAGAGGUUCCUGUGGAGGUUAUGUUACUAGACCUACAGUUGUGCCGCCAGACAUCCCUCGCCACCGACCUCACCUACCUCUUCCACACAAGUCUAGAAGGCCAUGUAAGGAAGACAAACCUUGACACAUUCCUAGACACCUACUUCUCGGCUUUCCUCGGUGUCACAGAAGCGGGGAAGACUGCCGUGCCCUUCUCCCGACAGGAGCUUCGACAGGAGUACAAGAACCACCUUGAAUAUGGCCUGCUGCUGGCGCUGAUGGUGACUGUUAUGGUUAUCUGUGAAGGAGACAUCAACAAGGAGGACCAAGAAGGGUUUUCCAAUUCAGUAAGAGAUGUUUUAGAUGAACUGGUUUCAACUUCUCCAAUAUUACGCCCUCGAUUUCUCUGUAUGUUUGACGAAAUGAUGGAAAAUGGCAUCAUUCAGUGAUUCACAGCCUGGGUUAUUCCUCGCUAUAUUCAAGCAUUCUGCUUACUAUUUUUUCUUUCUUUCCUUUUUUGAAGUUAUGACUAAUGAUAGAUAUAACAUUGUUGUUACUGUAACUGUUACGUGUCUAUUGGUUAUCAUCACCAAUUCAUCAUCAUAUUAAGUUCCACAUUUUCAGUAUUAUAUCCAAUAUUGUAAGCACGAAAGGAGUUAUACCAUUCACUGCUAUGUAUACCCUGGCUCUCAUUAUUCUACUAUAAAAGUCAGUACAUAAUAUGUUUUUCUGUUAUUGAGUCUCAAAUGAGUUAUAUAUAUUUUCUUAUAAAGAUGCCAAAGAAAAUGGACAGCAUACCUAUAGCUACAGGUAUUUAAAUGACCGCAUAACUAAAUAUGUAUUUAUUAUGAUAUAGACAUCAUACUUUUUUCAUUGUUAGAAAAAAUCACUGGAAAGGGUUAGUGAAGUAACAUGAUAUAUGAGGAUACAACGACGUUAAAGAAAUGAAAAUAAUAUAUAUCAUAUUUAUUUUAAUCAUUAGAUUUCUGCUGGCGUCAGUAGUCAUUUGUGUCUAUUAGGCUCUGUUCUCAAAGUCUCAAGAGGAUGGAAGCAGUCAGAAAAAGGUAAUGCAUUCAAGUCAGCUGAUCACGUCUCGAUCUAUUCAGAAAUUGACAAAAUAUAAGAAUAAUUAUCACCAAAAUGCAAUGCCCUUCCCCUCCUAUAGAAAUGACAUGGAAAGGUUCCGACGUCUUUUCUAUUUCUUGUAAGAAAGGAAAAAAGAAAGAACAAAAAAAAAAAGAAGAAAAAAAAAAAAGAAAAAAGAAAGAAAGAAACUAUAUAUAUAAGGUAAGCAUGCAGACAGCGUUUGUAUUCGUAACUGAUUUUGGCAAGGAAUCCAACCGUCUUUUCACGAGUCAUAACAGAUGCAUUCGUUGAAAACCUUCAUAACUUUCUGUAGAGGCUAAGCUGGUCGGUACAAAAUCACACUAAUUGGGGCACAGCAAUCACUACCGAAAUGUCAGAUUGUAGCAGAAAACAUUUUUUUCCAUGUAAAUCGGCCUUCUUUUCUUCACGAACUUGGCGUUAUACGCGAGGCAGCUCCCGUCUAGUUACUGUCUGUUAUCACGCCCAGGUCGGGAAGGUUUCAUUUCUCCGAUCCUCUUGUUCACUUCGUCCAAUGUUGGGAAAUCGAGGUUUAGUGCGUCAGGGAAGUGUCGUAGCAUUUCCUAUGAUGCCUGGCCUCUGAUUGUUCAUUUUCCACCAAUGAUCAUAAACUAAUUAUCAACAAAUUGGCGGAUUGCGUGAGGAUUAUUCGCUGUAAAGCUAUCAGUCACUAGAGAUGUAAUAAGCAAAUUAUUUAUUAAUUGAAAAAAAAAUCACUAUAUAAUAUCCUUUUUUUUUAUACUUCUUUGGUGUUUUUUUAAAUAUUUUCUAUUCAUAAAGUUAGUUUUUGUAAUUGGUCAUCAUAUUUUUCGCAUUGUAUUUGGAACCGUAUUUAAGCAAGUCUAAGUUGCAGACUCUCAUAAUACGACAUUUCUUGUACGCGAUCUGCUUUGCUGAAUAAUGAAUUAAGAGCUUAUAAGAAAACGUAGGAAACAGGAUGUCUAUAUAAUAAAACCGCAUAUUUUAGAUAUGCACAACCACACACACAUACACACAUACAUACAUACAUACAUACAUACAUACAUACAUACAUA